GUGCAUGCGAUACGAUAUUGCGGGUUUGUUGAUUUUCGUCAGCUGAUUUGGCUUUUGUUAUUUACUGAAGUGCGUUCAUUCUUAAAUGGAUAACAAAAUAAAAAUUCUAGUGGUUGGCGACGUUUGCGGUCGCUUUAAACAGCUAUUUCAACGUCUGGAAAGUAUUAACAAGAAAUCUGGUCCUUUCGAGAUUCUUUUAUGCGUGGGUAAUUUCUUCAGCGAUAGCGAUAAGCAAAAUGAAGAAUUAAUCGCGUAUAAGAACGCUUGUAAAACUAUUUCUGUGCCUACGUACAUAUUGGGCCCUACGUCAGAGAUUUUAAAUAAGAAUUACCAAGUUAACGAGUGUGGAGAAAUUUGCACUAAUUUAUCAUAUUUGGGUAAACGAGGCCUAUACAGCUUAAGUUCAGGAGUCAAAAUUGCAUACGUAAGCGGCAGAGAAAAACCUCCAGAAGACCAGCAAUGUGAGGCAGCGUAUUAUUUCACAAAAGACGACAUAAUAGCCGUGCGUAAUUUAUGUUUCGUUAAUAAAUCAUCAGCCAGUGAUUAUAGAGGUAUAGAUAUACUUUUAACGUCUCAAGGUCCUUAUGGUUUAGAUGAACAAGAGUUAAACUCCUCUAAAUUAGUAUCAUUCUUAUGUAAAGAAAUUAAGCCCAGAUAUCACUUUCAUGGGCUCAGCAAGAAGUACAAAGAACCGGCUCCAUUUAGAUUACCUGCUGAUCAAACCACUCAAUUAGAACUUUGCACGCGCGUUAUUUCGUUGGCAGCAGUUGGGAAUGAAAACAAAGAAAAAUACAUUUACGCUCUAAGUUUAACGCCAGUCCACAGAAUACGUGUCUUGGAUUUAAUACAGAAAACUACCAAUGAAUUGAAAUGUCCAUUUGCAGAUAUAAACUAUAAAGAUGUGAAUAUUACGAAAGAGGAGAAGUCGGACAAACAGCAAUAUUUUUAUGAUAUGGAAACAAGCAAUAACCAGGGAAAUCACAGAAAGUUGGGAAAAAAUCCUUUAAAAAAACCUCGAAUUAUGAAAGUGGAUCAAGAAAUCUGUUGGUUUUGCUUGUCUUGUCCGGACGUCGAAAAGCAUUUAAUUAUUACCAUUGGCGAGCAUUUCUACUUAGCAUUAGCUAAAGGACCUGUUAACGAUUAUCACAUUCUCAUUUUAUCCAUUACACAUAUACCGGCUGCCUCACAAAUUACGAAUGACGAGGAAUGGGAGGAAUUAUUAAAUUUUAAAGAUGCGUUGAGGAAAUUCUUCAAAGAUCAACAGCAAGUCGUUUGCUUUACAGAACGUAAUUAUAAAUCAUCGCACUUACAAAUCAAUUGUUUUGGCAUUGAUGCCGGAUACAGCUGGAAGAUAUCUCAUGCAUUCGAGGAUAAAGCUGAAGAGUUUGAACUGAAAUUCGAAAAUCUAAAAGAUUUAAAUUCCCCACAAAUGUUACCUAGUCAAGGGCCAUAUUUUGUGGCGGAAUUAUCUGAUGAUACUAUAUUGAUAACGAGGCAAAUGAAACACUUUCCUUUACAUUUCGCCAGAGAUGUUUUCUGUUCGCCAAAUUUAUUAAAUUGUGAAGAAAAGACGGAUUGGCGCGAUUGUAAAUUGGAAAAAGCUAGAGAAGUUGAACUCGUACAAAAUUUCCGAGAAAAGUUUUCUAAAUACGAUUUUACUAAUUAAGUGGCAAUGAAGUUUUAACAAAUAUAAAUCUUUUAUGGAGCAACUUUUAAGAGAAUGCGCAUAAAUUAUAGAUAAGAGCGGAAUCGUAUUGAGCAUGUUCGAGAAUUUCUUUGAAAGAACCUUAUUGCAACUUAAUGAUCUUAGCCUAAAAUUCCUUUUUUAUCUUCAAACUUGGAAGUUACUUAGUUCCACGCACAGCAGGAAUUCAGAUGGUUUUCAAGCAAAUUCUAAAGACAUUUCAAAUCGCUUCAAUAACUUUAGCUUGUUUUAUAUCUAAUAUAGCGGGGAAUAUACAUUUUGUCAUAGCAUUUUAUAAAUAACAUUUUGUAAAAACAAAUUAUAAUUUUAUACACAAAGAUUUCAAAUUUACAAUCUUUCGACUCUUACUAACGAUCUAUUGCAGUCUUGUCUUUUAAUUAAUAUGCCCCAUUUUCAGCGAAAACUUCAAGCGUCAACUUGCGGGUAAGUACUUUUAAUGUUCGUGAAUUUGGCUAUCUAAAAAAUGUUUAGCACACACUCAUUAAAACUUUUGAUAUUUGAAAUUUUGAACAAUUUUCAAUAACGUUUCAACUCUGAGCUAGAUUCUUAUGU